AUGGAUGAAUUAGACAAGAGAACCACCCCAGCAUCAGGGCUCCCUAUUGCCUUUCAUGGCACGGUCAUCCAUUCCAAAGCAUUGGAUGAUCUCGAAAUCCUGGAGAACUGCUUUCUGCUUGUCGCCAACAAUGGAAGAAUCCAGUCCAUACAAGCAGACGUAGAGCCCAGCCAGAUCAACUCCCUUCUCUUAGCAAAUGGCUAUGCACCCGACGUUUUCCCAGUGAAACGACUCAAGCGUGGACAGUUCCUAUGUCCCGGCUUCGUUGAUACCCACAAUCAUGCUCCACAGUAUGCGCAGCGUGGAAUGGGCCGAGGCAUAGAUCUACUAGAAUGGUUGAACAAGGUUACCUUCGCCCAUGAAUCCAAGUUCGAAGACCCAGAAUAUGCCAGGAGAAUGUACACCUCAUGCGUUACAGGCUUCUUACAACAGGGCAUCACUACAGCCUCCUACUACGGCUCGCAUCAUGGCCAGGCAACACGCAUUCUCGCAGAUGUCUGUUUUGAGAAAGGCCAGCGUGCCCUUGUGGGCAAGUGUAACAUGAACCGAAAUGCCCCGGACUGGUAUCGGGAUGCAUCAGUGUCUGAUUCACUUCGCGAAACGCGUGAUUUCAUCCACCAUGUCCAGCAACUUGAUCCGGAUAGAUGUCUGGUCAAACCAAUCCUCACCCCACGGUUUGCGAUAUCGUGUGAACCGGAGUUGCUAGAAGGUAUCGGCGGUAUUGCCCGUGAACACCCGGAUCUACCAAUCCAAACACACUUCAACGAAGCGAGCCAAGAGAUCGCGUUCACCAAGCAGCUAUUUCCGGAAUUCAAAACCGAAGCGGAUCUGUACGAACGAUAUGGUCUGCUGAAUGAUCGAUCAAUCCUUGCCCACUGCAUCUUCCUGCAAGAAGAGGAAAUCACUCGGAUCCAGGAACUUCGCUGUGGAGUCGCUCAUUGUCCGAUCUCGAAUACCACCAUGCAGGACUUCAUGAUAGCACCUAUACGUGAAUACCUGCGGCGUGGUAUAAAAGUCGGCCUCGGGACUGACAGCGGCGGGGGAUACUCGUCUUCCAUAUUGGAUGCCAUGAAGCACGCGUUCAUUGUGUCGGUCGCCCGGCAAACCGCAACAAAGGGCGAAGACCCCGCGUUGUCCUUAAGUGAGGGCUUCUUUCUUGCUACGAUGGGCGGUGCGCAGGUUUGUGGCCUCGAUGAUAGAAUUGGAAACUUCGUGGUUGGGAAAGAGUUUGAUGCACUGGAGAUUCAUUCCAUCGAUCUUGAUCACCCAGGAGUCAUGAGCCCUGUCGAGGACGAUGAUUCCACGCAAGUGAUAUUCGAAAAGUUCCUUAUGACCGGCGAUGAUCGAAACAUCGUUAAAGUCUAUGUGGGUGGGAGAUCCGUCAAGCCUUGA